AUGCUUAUUGAGAGGUUCAAAGAAAUAAGAAAUAAGAUACACGAGGAUAUCCACGCGGUCUCUGAGGGAGACAUAAGGUUCAUGAAAGAUGCUUUAUGCCAGCAAAGCAUGACAUAUGGAAGGAUUAAGACAUAUUCUGCCGAGGAUAGCAAGGUUCUGGCGCUUUUUACACUGAAGUAUAAUGUAGCUGUUCUUCUGGACUUUAUUUCCAGAAAUGGAGUGGAGCUUAACAAUGAUACAUGCAUGGCAUUAUGUAAUGUGUUGUUUGAAGGGAUUCCCCAGGUAUCUCCUGAAUGCUCUCUAGAGAUUGAAGACAUAAAGUCACGGACCGACGAAGUGAUUGUUGACAUCCUGUGUAAUAUCAAGGAAGGGCUGCAUGCCGAGAAGAUCAAAGCAUACCUAAGUGAGCAAGAAAUCCCUGACGGUGUUAGUGUUAACCUUGCGGUUGUGUUUACUGCGCCGACAUGGAAGUCAUAUGAUCUUCGGGUGAUCAAUGAGCUAGUUCUCGGGCCUGUUCUAUUGGAGCUACUCCGAAGUUUCAAAGAGUCUCUUCGGCCUCAAAUAAGAGAAAGGAUACUGAACUCUUGCAAGAGGAGGCUUGAGAAGGAAGGGGACAGAUCGGUUGUAUAUCAGAUAUUCUAUGAGCUCAACUCGACCAAGGAUAUUGAGCUACUUGAGAUUGAAGAGGAUGAGAAGGAAGAAGCAUAUGUUGGAUUUAUAUAUUCACUGAUGGUUGAUGAGGAAAGCUGCCUGAAGGGAUAUGAAGUUUUAUCUAAAGCAAACCUCUUCAACGAUUUGAGAAAAGCUCUAGAAAUGAUAAAUGUCCUGAAUCAAGCAGAGUAUAAGAGAAUCAGGCCCGAAGAUGAAAGGCUCAUUUACCACCUUAUGCAGGUUAUUGAGAAGCUGAUGUCGACCGAGGAACAAGGGCUCGGGUUUGUAAGGCUGUAUUUCAUGAGGUUUAUCGAGCUGUUUCUAAACACUCUUGCAGGACAAAUAUCAUUAAGGAUCAAGGGAUGCAUAUAUGAAAUUCUCUCCUCGUUCAUGAGAGAUGAGGAUUCAAGAGAAACCAUCUGCGAAUUUAUGAGAGGAGUAGGGAUAUUCAACAAGGAGGCAGUCCAUUCUGAUUUUGAAAGGGAGCUUGGAACUAAGAACUUUGCUAUGACGCCAAGUUUCCUCAAGUUCUGCACAUUUCUUGAAAAUGAAGAGUGUAUCAGGUUUGCCAUGCAUGCAUUCAAAAGCGAAGACCCGUUAACUGUUACCAGAUGCUUUGAUGUGAUUGAAAGGUUUGCGGAGAGGAGGGACAUGGAAAGCAAGAUUAGUACUGAAUUCAUUAUUUCACAGCUCUCUUUAAUGUCCCAGCACAUCCGGGUAGCAAUGCUGAACAACUCACGAGUUACUAACAGAGUUGUGGAGUUUCAGCUCAGUACGAGAAUUGUGAUUGGAGAUGUAUCGAUAAUCAAUGUGAUUAUGAACACUCCAAACUCAAGGUUCUUUGAGUAUGUAAGACUGUUUGAAGACUUCUCAUUCUUUAUGAACGAAAACUUUCUGGAAAGGCUCUCUGAGAACGAGGAAGAAGGAUUCAAGUAUCUUUACGAAGUAACAAAAAAGAACCAUGAGGCAUGCAAGUUCGUAAUCAAUAACGAGGACUGGUUCAAUGCCUAUGUCAAGGACAAUCCAUGCGUGCAAGAAAUGGCUGUUAGAAUAUAUGAGAACCUAGUUGAUUACGACAUUGAAAAUGUAGAUGUUAGCUUUGACAGGGGGUUUAUUCUCCCGGACAUAUCCCAUCCAUCUAUCUUCAGAAUCCUCAGUAAGCUAAUCCUCUAUUCUGUUUACACAAAGAAGAGCCCGUAUUCAAGAUACAUCACGGACAAGGACUAUGUUUUGGAUAACACAAACAUUAAUGAAUAUUGCCUUUAUAUCAAAUGCAGAAUAGUUGUAGGAGAUAAUGUUGAAGACAGGAUCAAAUAUCUUAUGAAGCAGUACACAGGAAUAGAGGAUCUACUUGGAUAUUACGAAGUUGCCACUGGGGUGUCUCUGAACAUCUCUUCCUCAAAGAACCUUCUAGUAAAUAUUGGAAAGAAAGACACAGGGAUGUUCAUUAAUAUGUUCAGCAGUGCCAGCAACUUUGAGAAGUUUCUUCUGUUCUUCUUUAUUGGAGACAUCAAUGCAGAAAACAGCAAGGCAAUCGAGGGGAUAGUCAAGGAAGAAAUCACGAGAAUAAUGGUAUCCAAGUCCUCAAAUCCAUCAGAAAGAAUGAUUCUAAGGCAGUGCUUAGUAACACUUCUGUCUCUCAACAACAUAGACUCUGUUGUCAGGCUGGUAGGAGAAUAUGAUGACACCGACCUACUUCUAAAGGUUAACAUAAGAAACCUUCUAUGUGGAGGGUCCUACUUCAAUAGCUCAUUAAUAAUGAAGGGCUCAUUGGAGCUGCAGGUCUGUGCUGUCUUCCUGCUCUACUAUAAGUCUAUCUGGGACUUGGCUACCCUUAGGGAUUGGAUCCUAUAUCUUAGGAGGGAAUGCAAGGAUAAUGCCGACCUGGAGUAUUUGAUAAGUGACAUCAAGAAUAAGAACAUAAGGAUUGAACUCGAGUAA